UACACGCGUCUGCUGCGUGUAGGCUACAAUCGGUCAAGACGGAUGAUUCACGCGAAACGGACCGUACACGUCACACCGAAUUUAGGUGUGGUGUACCGAAUUUAGGUGUGGUGUGUAACCUCACGAAGUAUUUUCGGCAAAUGGUUUUAAAAUGGGAAGAAAAGUGAUAGUUGCAACAUGUUCUUUAAAUCAGUGGGCUAUGGAUUUUGAGGGAAAUAUGCAGAGAAUCCUUCAGAGUAUUCAUGAAGCCAAAUCAAAAGGAGCUACUUACAGACUUGGACCAGAGCUUGAUAUUCCAGGUUAUGGAUGCCAAGAUCAUUUCCUUGAAAGUGAUACAUUUCUUCACUCAUUCCAAGUGCUUGCUCAGUUGCUGAAGUCUCCCAUAUGUCAGGAUAUUAUCUGUGAUGUGGGCAUGCCUGUCAAGCAUAAAAAUGUGGCUUACAACUGCAGAGUACUUUUUCUUAACAG